AUGCCGCCCUAUUCUUCAUAUCUGGGCGCUUUCAGCGUCUUUGCGACGGCCGCUUUGGGCGAGUCGCGAUCGUCAUGGACUCUGGGACAGGGUAUUGAAGUCAAUUGGCAGUCGGGUCCCCAACAACUGUCGAUUGUACAGGCUAAUAAGACCCUGCUCGCUACCGUACCUGGCCAGAGCUUCCUCAGUGCAAGUGCUGGAAAAGACCAAUGGGCCGGUGCGAAUGGCAAUUUCAACUAUACCAACGUCGAUCUCAAUCGUUGCCAGGGUCAGAAUGUCACUGGAAUCACUCACUCUCUGCGUGGCGAUAGUAUCAGUGGUGAGGAUGUGUCCAUCCAGGGAUACUUGCAACACUGUGGGGAUCAAUCUAUAGGGUAUAGCAUAAGCUUCUGGGUGCCCAAGGCCCUUCCGGAUCGUGUGGCUUUCAACAUCAGUGUCGAGCCCGGUCACAAGCGCAUCUCUCCAAUGAAAAGCUGUGCUCAGGCAUCCUUUGCGUCCAUGAAGAACCAGACUAUCCCCAUCUUCACCCGUGAACAGGGUGUGGGCCGUGGCGAUCAGCCCAUCACCGCGCUUGAAAAUUCUCAGAGCUGGUUCAGUGGUGGUAAUGAAUUCACGACCUAUACUGCUAUCCCACAAUAUAUCAGCUCUGCUGCGAGACCCAAUGCUGUGACUGUGCGAUACGAUGCUCUGACUGUUGGCGGACACGUGAUGCAGGCGGAUACCAUGCUCAAUGCCAUCACAAUGCUCACCGAUUACGUUGGCAAAAUGCCUACCUUGCCCGAAUGGGUCGAUCACGGCGCCAUCUUGGGUAUUCGAGGCGGACAGGAAAAGGUGGAGCGCAUCGUUAAAGAGGGUCUGAAGCAGGACUGCCCUGUUGCGGCAGUGUGGCUUCAAGAUUGGUCUGGCACCCACUCUCAAGAAGCACCAUACGGCAACAUGCAGAUUUCUCGUCUCUGGUGGAACUGGGAAUCCGACAGCAAACUGUACCCGACCUGGACUGAAUUCGUGCAGGAUCUUCGUGAGGAAUAUGGCGUUAAGACCUUGGCCUACAUCAAUCCCUUCGUUGCCAAUGUCAGCUCUAAGGCCGAUGGUUACCGUCGCAACCUCUUCCUCGAGGCCACCAAGGGUGGAUAUAUGGCUCAGAAUUCGACCACGAAUGGCACCGCCAUCAUCUCCAGUGGCAAGGGAAUCCAGGCCGGCAUUUUGGAUCUUACUAACCAGAAGACACGCUCGUGGUUUGCUGAUGUCCUCCGCAAGCAAGUUUGGAACGCCAACAUCUCCGGUGUCAUGUGGGAUUUCGGAGAGUACACUCCCAUUACCCCAGAUACCAAGCUGGCCAACAUCUCUUCAGAUGCUUAUUUCUACCACAACCAAUAUCCCCGUGACUGGGCCAUCUUCCAGCGCUCUGUGGCCAAAGAAAUGCCCCUAUUCGACGAGAUGGUCACAUUCCACCGUUCUGCUCGCUCGGCUCUAACCGCCACCUGA